AUAAUAUUUAUGUAACAGGAUUUAACGGCGGAAAAUGAGUGUUUACGAGGCGCAUUUGAGCAAGCGGAGGAGAAGAUGCGACAAUUGUCGCAAGAGAAAUUAAAUUCGCGAAAUACGGUAACGGCGAGGAAAAAAUCGACCGCGUCAAUUGAGCUUAGCAAAAAAUAUAGGAACCAAAGCGCCGAGAUAGAGGUGUUGAAGACGAAAUGUAAAAAUCUGGAAGCUACUUUGGCGGUCAAAGAAGAUGAGUUAAAGCGACAAAGGGUGGAAUUACGGCGAGUUAAGUCCGAAACGUACAAAAAUUCCAGCGGUGAGAAUGCAACUCUGGAUAAUGGAGAAGACAAAGACUCGGGGGAUAUUUCGGGUAAAUGUGACGACGAACGGGUCAAGUGUCGGAAGAGCAAGCUGCAAUGGACUCAAACUAAACUUUGCGAGUCGAGGAAUAUGUGUGCCACUCUUCGGCAAGAGAUUAAGAAAAUGCAGAAGGUAUUUGUGUUCUUGUCGCUGUGUAAAAACUCGUGA